UGCUCACUCACUAAACAUCACUACCUUCUAAGGGUGGAGUCCCAAAAUAGUGUACCAUGUAGCAAACAGGGUGUGGUUUCUAGUCUCACAAUUUCUCUAUUGCUGUCAGGGAGAAAAACUUCUGUUAUUCUAUUAUGUGGCAGAGGAAAACUUCCGCCACAUAAAGCAUACAUGCAGAACCAUAGCCUCACUUUUUAUUUAUAAAUGCCUGAAAUCUUAAGAAUGAUAUAGGAAUAGUUUUAAGCGUUAACAAUAACUCUAAUAUUGUAAUUUUUAUGAUUAAAAUGAUUCAUAUAGGUAGCGGUCUGAGUGAAUGACCUUGACAUCUGUGACAUCACAGCAGGAAGGCUAUCGGUCUCAUCGCCAUUUCCGCUAUACUAAAACACAGAGCUGACUGCAACUCCAAUCCUCCAUUUUGAGCUAAUUUAUCGCCCUGCCACGAGGGUUGUUGCUAAAACCCGGGAUGGGACGUGACAUAUUUUUGCUCGGGCAGUGACCUCCCCACGGUUGUUGCUAAAACCGGUGACAUCCUGUCCCGGGUUUUAGUAAUUGCCUGAGCCGAGCAGUAAUGACGGAGUACUCAGUAUGGACAAAAUGGAGAAUGAGUGGACCAGCCAUUUGAUUUCUCCACUGGAUAUGCUUGCCUCAGCAGCAAGAUCUCGCCCUUACGUGGAAGAAGCGAAUGAACAGAGAACUGAAAAUCAGAUUGUUUCAAAACAAUUGGUCACAAAGUCGGUCUUCAAGAAGCGAAGACACAGACGGAAGGACCCUAACAAGACAGAAAGACAAGAAGCACUAACAACUUCUGACAACCAACAUGAGAGGAAGCUGCUAUUCUCAAAAGACUCUUACAGUGAGCGGGUCGAGUAGGAUGCGGGUCCAGAGUCCGUCUCCAUCCCGCUGCAGAGCUUCGACGUCCUCAUCAGUGACUCGUGGACGUGCUGGUUUCCAGGGAGGCGCUGUGGAGAUCGGUACAGAGCUUCAUCAGUAUCAUGCUAACGAGAAGGAGGAGAUGCAGGUGCUUAAUGCACGGUUCGCUGGCUACAUUGAGAAGGUUCAGGCUCUGGAGCAGAGGAACGCGGCACUCAGGGAGGAGCUGCAGAACCUGCAGAGCCGAUACAAGGUGGGACCGGGGGGACUGGAUGAGGAGUAUGAGGCCAAAUUUAAGGAAAUGAAGGAACUGAUCGCAGCACUGACAGCUGAGAAAGGAGCAGCUGACAUCGAGAGGGGAUACGUCGAGGAGGAAGUGGAGCUCUGGACCAUGAAGCUGGAGGAAGAGCUCGCACUUAAAGAGGAAGCAGAGAUGAUCCUGCGCGAGUUCCGUGAGGACGUGGACAACGCCACACUUCAGAAGGCUGACCUAGAGAGACGUGUGGAGCAGCUAGUGGCUGAGAUCGAGUUCCUCAAGAAGCUGCACAGUGAAGAAGUGGCCGAGCUAAUGAAGCAGAUCAAGGAGUCGAAGGUGACGGUGGAGCUUGACUCGGAUCGGCCCGAUUUAGUCGCUCACCUGCGCAAGACGCGUGCUGAGAUCGAAGCAGUUGCUGCACGCAACGUCCAGGAGGCCGAGAAGUGGUACAAAGGGAAAUUUGACACGCUGAAGGAGAGCGCCGCUAAACGUGAGAUUCAGGUGAACACCAUGAGGGAAGAGAUCAGCACCCUGAGCAGUGAAGUGUCUGACCUGCAGAACCAAAUUGAUGCCCUCAGGGCCAAGAACGCUGCUCUGGAACAGCAGCUGGACGACAUGGAGAUGUCUCACCUGGACAGGGUGUCUAACCUGGAGGCUAUCAUCGCUCAACUCGAGAACCAGCUGUGUGAAACCAAAAAAGAGAUGGCCAAAUACUUCGCUGACUACCAGGAGCUGCUUAACAUCAAACUGAAGUUAGACGCCGAGAUUGCCACCUACAGGAAACUUCUGGAAGGAGAAGAGAGACGACUCGGGAUCUCAGUCAGCGAGAAAACAGCAGAAACUUCUACAACUUCAUCAACCGCAGUCGAAGAAUCAGCCUAAUGCACUUCAUCAUGCAAUACUCAAAUACACACUAACACAAAUCAUUACUUACGCCUUAUGAGAUGUCCUCCACCCAAAAAUCUGCUGUAAUUGCCCUGAACAUGUCUUAAUAAAGCUUGACUUGAGUGCA